AUGCGCGACAGCACAGGCGGCCAGAGCCGCUGUUCGUCGGCGAGCACGUCGGCGACGAUCGUCAAGCGUGGCUCCGAACCGACCGGCACCACCACCACCUCGUCCUCGGGCGUCUCCUCCGUUCUCACGUCGCCGCCCACGUCCGGAGACGACGCAAAAUCGCGGUGUGAUUGUUGUCCGUACGGAUAUCACAUCGAUCUGGGCUUUGUGUCGUACGCGCAGAAUGUCAGCAAUGGAUUCGUGUCGAGACAAGGUUUUUUUUCUGGUUUUUUGUUUGUUCGUUAAAAGUCCAGAGGCGUCAAACAAUAUUCCAGGCACUCCGACCAACUUGAAUUCUCGCUCGAACGGCGCGGACCGUCAUUUGAUGAGCCCGCUGGAUAACUCGAUGUUUAGGUAACUUUUUUGAAGCGUAUAUUGUUUUUUCUUCAAAAUUUCAAUUCAGCGACUCACUCGACAACCUAAUGAGCGAUUUCGAAGAGGUUCUGGCGCCACACAAAGAUUUGGAUCGGGUAGGAAAAAAGUGCAAGUGCAUUUAUUCGAAAGUGUUCAAGACAAACGUUCAGAAAAUCCCCGAAAAAAGCGCCCAAGACAUUCGUAGCCGUCUUCAGGGUGGCUACUCAUCCGACUACACCGCCUAUAGAAGAGGUAUGCUACAGUAACCGCCCAGAAAUGAGUAGAGUAACGCAUUCAGCAGAGUUGAGCGGAAGAACUCACGGAUGAAUUUUUAUCUUUUUUAGAAAAUUUUUUCAUGGAAUGUGAUCAACUGACGAAAUGUAGAGCAAAGUGAACUGUGCUCACAGAAAAAUAAUUGUAAAUUUAGCGUUUCAUACAAAAAAGUUAGGGCUAACGGCGAAGACGGAAGGACAUUUUCACGGAACAACUCGUAUAACUUUUUUGUAUGAAACGCUAAAUUUACAAUUAUUUUUCUAUGUGCACAGUUCACUUUGCUAUACAUUUCGUCAGUUGAUCACAUUCCAUGAAAACAUUUUCUAAAAAAGAUAAAAAUUCUUCCGUGUUCUUACGUUUUUUUUUCUUUCAGGUGGAGGACCCAACGGGAAUCAUCAGCCAGAACCGCCGAGAAGAGCGCAUUUCGAGCCGGGUAAUUGAGAAAUUGAUAGAAAUUGAGCGUCACCAACGUUUUUCGAUACAUUUUCAGCUAAACCGAGUCCGAUAAGCCGACCGAUCAACUUGGGAUUUCAUGGAAGUCGCAGCAAUACGCCCACGUUGAAUGGCAGCCGAUUUGGGCUAAACGGGACUGGAAAUGGUGAGAUUUUGGGGUUUAGAGGGAUCAAAAUUGAUAGAUAACUAUGGGGCAUCGAACUUGGUCCCUAGAAGUUGAACAAGACUGUUAGCCACUAGGCCAUCCGGACACCUUUUGGUUUUUGGCUCAUAACUCCGCGGGUGUUGAAGAUAGAAGAAAAUUUCUAACUGGCAAAAUGUAGAGCUUGAAAUUCUCUACAAUUUCAGCCUACUCCACCGCUCUUGCCAAGACAGUAUCGGAGAUUCGCGCGCGAAAUGCCGAAUCGCCGUUCCCGGACGGUCCGAGCAGCCGAACGGGUACACCGAUCGACCUGGGACUCUAUCAAAGCAACAACGGAUACAAUCCGUCGAGAUUCGCCUCGAGACACGAUGAAUUGCCGCCGACGCCGACGCCCACGUUCAGACGGGCUCCGAGCCAAGGUAACGAUGUGGGGGCGCAUUGAACUUGGUCCCCAGAAGUUGGACAAGAGCUACAAGGCCAUCGCAUACCUCCGCGAGCCUUAGAGAUACGCAAAAAAACGAUUUCUAUUCAGGUGACCUGCCACGUGGCUACCAUACCCUCUCCCACACGCCAAACGGACAUCAUCACAACGGAAAUACGAAUGAGAAUGGCGGCGAAUUUGCGAGUUUACGUCGUGGCCGUGAAUAUACUCUUCCAGACCAACCGGAAACGCACUCGCGCGUCCGCUUCUUCUCCGCAUCGCCAAAAUUGCCGAGGGUACGGUGGCUACAGUAGCCUUUUGUGGAAAAUAGCAUGAACUCUGAUUUUCAGCGUCUUCAAGCGGUGCCAUCGAUCGACGUCGAGUCACAUUUCACGUACGCACAGACUCUGAACGGUCAGAGGGUCUUGGCACGAACCCAGUCGACGAGCACAUCGCCUCCGUCCACGCCAGCGCCAUCAGCCGUAAGUGCAAUCGAAACGUGGUCCCUAGAAGUUGAAACCUAUCGGUUUUUGGCCGAUAACUCCGCGGCCGUUGGAGCUAGAACAAAAUUCUCAACUGACAAAAUGUAGAGCGAGAAAUUCUCUACAACCUGCGUCUAUUUUGACAUUUGUAGGACCAACAUUGAGUCUGACUUUUACGUUUCAAAAAGCACCAUAUAGUUUAAUCGUUAUUUCCAGUUCGAGCCAGUGCAAAACGGUCCUCAUCCGAUCCAGAAACCAGUGGUGACCCGAUCGAUCGGCAUCUCAACCGGACCUCUUCCGGCGCCAAAGCCGUGCGGCGAGUGUGCCGCACUCCGUCGCGAACUCUUCCUGGCCGUCGAGAAGUGAGAGAAGUUUCUAGGCCACGGCCAUCACUUCUAGCUCUAUUUCAGAAUUCCGCCGCCGCCGGCUCAAACUUGCCACGUCGCCACUUCUACCGUACUCUUGGAGCUAGCCGACAAGGCGAUCGGUCAUGAAAUUGAAGUUUGCCACGUGGCCGUCGCCACCGACGCGCCGAGGGAUACUGUAGACAGUGCCACGUCACCAACGCCCACGCAACAACUUCAUAUCGAUGUGCAGACAGAAGAGCGGAUCACGGCGGAUACGGGUUGCAGUCCGGCGGUCCUGCUGGAUCGCGUCGAAAUUGAGGUUCAGACUGAAAAGACGGAAGAGGAAAGGGAUACGGUACCCGCUGCCACGUCACCGGACGAGUGUGAAGAGUGUCUUCGCCGCAAAGAUGUGUUCACACGGAACGUGGGCGUCGGCGCGUGCUCGAUUUCCGACAAAAUUUGUGUGACGUGCGAUAAGCAAGUGGAGGAGACCGAUGAGAAUGAGGCGCCCGGGUUUAAAGUGAGUACACCUUUUGGUUUUUGGCCGAUAACUCCGCGGCCACGGGAGAUGGGUUAAAACUUUCAACUGCGAAAAUGUAGAGCUUGAAAUUCUCUACCAAAAUGCCCUAUUUUUGCAGGUCGACACAAAAGACGAUCAGAAGCAACGAGACUUUGAAGUGGCCAAGGCGAACGCGGUGAAGAAGCUUCUGACGAAUGAGCAAAAGAGCAACUUCCAGAGAGGCAACGCCGUCUCGAAAUCGGCGCGUUUCGAUCGAAAACGUUCUGUCGACGAUUUGGAUUAUAUUGUCGACAAAAAAGCGACGCCGACUUCGAUUUCUUCCGAAGCUCCGCCCACAAUUCCCGAGAAUUCCGAGGCGUUAAAGUCGAAAGUGGUGCUGAAGAAGGAGACGGUCGAGGUUGCGUCGUCGAAGAUUCUGCCGGAACCGGUGCCCGCACGCAUUCCGCGGCCCAAGAUCAGUAAAUGGGCGACGCCGGAAGAGGCGGCCGAGACUCCGGACGAGGAAGAAGAGGCGCAGGAUCGGUUGACGCCGUUGAGAAGUGACAUGAGACAACUGGGCAACAGGUAAACACAUGGUCCUCGAAAGUUUUUGCACCUAUUCUACACAAGUCUAGAGCUUUGUUUUUUGUGUUGGCCACUUUGUUGUAUAGCAGAGAUGUUGGGAAUUCCGUGUUCCGUGUUCCGUGUUCCGCGUUUUUUUGCAAUAUUUUUUCCGUGUUCCGUGUUCCGUAAAAAAAAAAUUUCCGUGUUCCGUAGAAAUAAGUUUUUUCCGUUUUCCGUGAUCCGCGUUCCGUAAAAAAAAAUUUUCCGUUUUCCGUGUUCCGUGUUCCGUAAAAAAAAAAAUUUCCGUUUUCCGCGUUCCGUGUUCCGUAGAGUAAAAUUUUUAUUCCCAACAUCUCUGUUGUACAGCCUCUUACAAAAAAGUUGACGAUUUCACUUCCAAGGCCUACAGUACUCCAAUGCGUGGGCGUAUCAAAAAAGUGUCAAGAGCAAAAAUCGAGUGCUCAAUGAGUACUAUAAUUUUGUAAUUGACAACUUUUUUAUACAAUCACUCCUCGGACUACUGUAGCUCUCGAAAGUAAGGGUCCAUCCCUAUAUUUGUCAUCAGGGUCUAAUUUCAGAUGGCCACGCAAUUCGAUCAACACCACUCCGCAACAACUAGCGUACGGAGGGCAAAGCGACGGUGCGCAAGACGAUAUUAGGUAAAUAUUGAGAGGAUACUGUAGGAUUACUCUACAGUAAGCGGAUAUUAUCGUUUCAGUGACUCGGACGCCGAAUCCGACUGCUCCGCACACAGUGACGGCACUUUUGAAGUCAAUGACGACGUUUUCGAUGGUAUUUGCGUGACCUGAAAAAAAACGAACCCAUUCUGUUUACAGCGGCCCCUUUUGAAGUGUCCGAUCGUCUUCGAGAGGCCCUCGAGAACUUCAACUCGUCGAUUUUGGAGCCCGGAAGCGUUGAGGAGGAGACUGUGGUACGGUUCUUUGAGCAAUUCAACUGAAUAAAAAAGAGGCGUUUCGUUUUUUGCGUUUAAGUCCUUACCCGUUCGAGAUAGAGAAAUGUGGUCAACUAGAAAAAUGAUCAGCAUGAAAUUCUGCAUCGACUUAUAAUAUCAGUAAAAAGCAUUGUCCGCCUUAAAGCUAGCUACUCACCCACAUACAUACAAGUGAUAUUGUGAACUUCACACAACUCCUAGAUUUUGGUGAUUUUCUCGAAAACCAAGCGAGAUAGAAAAAUGUGGUCAACUAGAAAAAUGAUCAGCAUGAAAUUCUGCAUCGAACUGUGCUAUGUUAUGGUCUUCAGCGGGCGGUACAUAGCUCUAGCGCCGCCUGCUUAGAUAGGGUGGAUAUAGUAGACUGUACACAACUCCUAGAUUUUGGUGAUUUUCUCGAGAACCAGUGGAGAUAGAGAAAUGUGGUCAACUAGAAAAAUGAUCAGCAUGAAAUUCUCUAUCACACUAACCGCCUCAAAUCAUGUCAAAUUGCAGGAGUGGUCCGCAAAACUGGUCCGACACGAAUGGAUGAAAACGGCGGGAAGACGCGCGUCGAGAUACGAGCAUGUCGAUCGAUUCGUCGACGAGCUCAAAAAUUUGGGACCUCAGAUUUUGAGCGUCGUUGUCAAUUUGGCCGAUCAGAAUGUAAGAGAAUUGCUCAUAUUUCAACGGAAACAAAAAAAAAACAAUUUUUGCAGGGAAACACUGCUCUUCACUACGCCGUCUCACACGCCAACUUUGCCGUCGUCUCGUCGAUUUUGGACAGUGGCGAAUGUGAUUUGAAUACGCCUAACCGGGUAAAAAAUGAAAUUUUCUCGAAAACCAAUAAAGAUAAAGAGAAAUUGUCUAAUAAAAAAGUGAUUCGCAAUAUUUUCAGGCCGGCUACACAGCGGUCAUGCUCGCGGCGCUGUCACAACUCGAAGACGAGAUGGAGAAGGCGGUAGUGCACCGCCUGUUCGAGAUGGGAAACGUGAACGCGAAAGCGUCGCAACACGGCCAGACCGCCCUGAUGCUCGCCGUGUCGCACGGAAAAAAGACGACGACGGAGCUGUUGCUGAGCUGCGGCGCCGACGUGAACGUGCAGGACGAGGAGGGCUCGACGGCGCUGAUGUGCGCUGCCGAGCACGGACACCGCGACCUCGUCAAAAUGUUGCUGGCUGACAAUACCGUCAACGCUACGCUCACCGAUUGUGUAAGUUUGACAAAAGCACACUUGUCGGCUGGAAAAUUGCAUGGUUUUUCGCAAAAAUUACAACAAACUCAUUUUAAAGGACAACUCGACAGCGCUUUCGAUCGCUCUGGAAAACGAUCACCGCGAAAUUGCGAUGAUAAUCUACGCGUACCUCAACUACGGCCGUCUGGACAUUUCCGGCCCCACUUCGACCAUCUAA